AUGGCAGACACAGAUGUUUUGGGACAUGAGGAGGAAAUACAGAACUUCGUAAACGAGACAAAAGAAUUCUUGUUUUCCAACUCUUUACUGCGUACUUUGAUCUUUGCUCUAAGCGUCAUCCUCCAUGGGGUGAUAUCUCUAGCAGGCGUCUUGUCCAACAGCGUCAACGUGCUCGUCUUCAUUAGACUUGGUCUCAAGGACAGCAUGAGUGUUGGACUUUGGGCGCUAUCUUUUACAGAUCUUAUAGUAUCUACGUUGCAGUUAGCAUCUUGUGUAUGCUAUUGUGUAGCUUAUGUCUAUCCCAAUAAUCCUAUUAGCCCUUGGUCAAUCGGAAGUUUUAUCUUUGGAUGGGCUAGGUCAGUAGCGUAUUACAUAUCAUGUUGGAUAACUACAAUCAUUGCUUUAGAAAGAUGCUACUGUGUUGUGGCGCCUUUUCUUGUGAAGCUUGUGUUUACAAAAUCAAGGUGUGUUGUAUCGAUCACAUGCAUCUACCUUUUCCACGUUGGAUUGGUGAUUCCAGUGUUUAUCUAUGACCCGUUGGAGUGGGUACCAGCAACUCUUGGUGAAAAAGAUGCCAACGGCAGCCUCAUUUUUUUCAUGCAGUUUCAAACUACUUUCACGAAGCUCGGCGCGAAAUGGGACACUAUCAAUUCAUUAGCUUAUGGAGUUACCCUUUCAUUAAUCUCUCAAGGUUUGCUACUUUUCUGUACCUUCUGGAUGGUCUUCUCGCUGAAAAACUCUUCGAAAAUACGAAAACAUUCAGAAACGAAACAAAACAGAGAAAAUCAUCAAAAUUCGGACAAUCUUUCAGCAAGGGAAAGACGACUUGUUAAAGUUGUAAUUCUACUGGCUAUCAUACAGACUGUUUGCAGCGUUCCCAGGUUUAUGGUCACAGCAGUGUAUUACCUGGUGCCAGGGUUUGUUCUCGGAGCUUACGAUAAUAUAUCGAUUCUAAUGUGGGAAUGGUCUUACAUCUUCAGCAGUGUUUGCUGUGCCAGUAAUAUUCUUGUGUACCUGAAGCUUAACGCUAAUUUUAGGCAAAAAGUUAAGGCGAUGUUUGAAAAUAGUACUUCUUAG